AUGUUCUUUAACUCCGUGGAAGCCGGUCCAGCGGACGUCAUGUAUGGGCUCAAAAUUUCAGCCGAUGAAGACAAAAGCCCACUGAAAGUAGACUUGGGGGUUGGCGUCUAUCGAGACGAGCUUGGAAGUUACAAUGAAAUGGGUGUUCUUAAAAAGGCAAAGGACGAGUUACAUGCACUUAACCCAGGUCAUGACUACGAAGUGACUACUGGAAACUCCCGGUAUUUGGCCAACGCUGCCAAGGUCGCAUUCGGCGGCGACUCAAGUGUCUUUGAUAGACAAACGAUGGCAAAGAUUGCAUCAGUUCAAACGAUUUCUGGCACCGGGGCAGUUCAUCUUGCACUGCUGUUCCUGUCUCGUUCUCCCGAGGGCACUAGUCGCCAGGUUUAUAUCGGAACGCCCGCAUGGGGGAAUUAUGUACCGAUGUGCAAGCUAGUAGGUCUUGAAACCAAGACCUAUGUCCAUUACGAUCCAGUCACAGGAGGUGUAGACUUUGAAUCCGUGAUCGACGCCAUACGUACAGCCGAUGAGGGGAGCGUUUUCAUCCUGCAAGGCUGCUGCCACAAUCCGACCGCAGCGGACUUCAGCAGGGAGCAGUGGCAAACUCUCGCCGCCGAAAUGAACAAUCGACAUUUACUACCACUCCUUGAUAUUGCAUACCAAGGUCUGGGAGACGGAAUUGAUGAAGAUUCUUAUGGCGUUCGUCAUCUUGCGCAAUUGGGCAUUGAAAUGAUUGUUUGUCAGUCCUUUUCUAAAAACUUCGGUCUUUAUGGUGAGCGUACUGGCGCGUGCCAUAUUGUUUGCGCUUCGGAGACACAUGUCCAGCCGGUUCAUGAUCAGUUCCGCUGCUUGAUACGAUGGGAGUUCUCUUCCUCGCCAGCAUACGGUUCACGUUUAGUCGAUCUGGUGCUCUCAGAUUCUUCAAAACAAGUAGAGUGGAAUUCCGAGCUACAAACUAUUCGGAACCGUCUUCGUUCUAUUCGAAAAUCAUUCUUCCAUCUUCUGAACGAUGUGCUCAAGGUUCCGGGUAACUGGGGCAUUAUUAUGCAAGGGAAGGGUCUUUUUUGGUGA